GAAAAUUCAUAGGAAACUUGGAAAAUAUUACCUUUACUGAAGGCUUUCUUGAAAGCAAGGAGCAUGGUGGAUUUCUGUUUGUCAUGCCAACUUUUCAGAAGCUGGAUGAUCUUGAGUUACCAAAAACACCAUUCUUAUGUGGCAUUCUUAUUCAGAAGCAGGAAGUACCUUGGGCAAAAGUUUUUCCUAUUCGCUUGAUGCUGAGAUUGGGAGCAGAAUAUGGGGUAUACCCAACUCCUUUAACAAGUAUUCGACAUAGAAAGCCCCUGUUUGGAGAGAGAGGACACACGGUCAUGAACUUGCUUGUUGAUCUUAGGAAUUAUCAGUAUACCUUGCAUACAAUAGAUAACUUAUUUAUUCAUAUGGAAAUGGGUAGAAGCUGUAUUAAAAUACCUCUGAACAGAUAUAAUGAGGUGAUGAAAGUUAUGAAUACUUCUAAUGAACAUGUCAUUAGCAUUGGAGCGAGUUUUAGUGCUGAAGCAGAUUCUCACUUAGUUUGUGUACAGAACAGUGAUGGAGUCUAUCAGACACAAGCAAACAGUUCGACUGGACAGCCAAGGAAAGUUACAGGGGCAAGCUUUGUCGUGUUCAAUGGAGCCCUAAAAACAUCUUCUGGAUUCCUUGCUAAAUCCAGUAUUGUUGAAGAUGGAUUAAUGGUACAGAUCACUCCAGAGACGAUGGAGGGGUUACGACAAGCUUUAAGGGGGAAAAAGGACUUUAAAAUUACAUGUGGCAAAGUAGACUCAGGUGAUCUGAGAGAAUAUGUGGACAUUUGUUGGGUGCAGAAUGAAGAGAAAACAAAUAUGAGAAUUACAAGUCCAAUAGAUGGAAAGUCAAUGGAAGGAACUCAGAAUGAAAAAAUAGUUCAAGAAGGAGAUUUUGAAAUGGAUGGAAAACUUAUAAAAUGUACUGAGGUGUUCUAUCUCGUAAAGGCUAGUGAACUGUGCAGCCAUCCUCCUUACCAAUUUGCUAAAGAAAUUGCAUUGGCUUGCUGUGCUGCUCUUUGCCAUCAUCUCAAAACACUGAAAAAUAAUGGAAUGAACAAGAUAGGUCUUCGAGUCUCCAUGGAUACUGACAUGGUGGAAUACCAGGCAGGCUCUGGAGGCCAGCUUUUGCCUCAGCAUUAUCUGAAUGAUCUGGACAGUGCUUUGAUUCCUGUGAUCCAUGGUGGGACAUCAGAUGCCACAAAACUACCACUGGAAAUUGAAUUGAUAUUUUUUAUUACCGAAUCUCUCAUGAUGUAAUUGAUAUGUAUAUCAUGCUGUAGUGGACUGAAUUGCUAGCACUGACCAAUACCAAAGCAGUUGCAUUACACUAUGGUUGAAACAUUCAGGUUUAUCUUUUAAAAAGCCAAUGAUUUAGUAAUACAUCUUUAAGAGAGUAUUUUGCUUUUUAAAAAGCAAAUAUGUUCUUCUUUAACCUCAACCUGAAAGCUGAAUUUAAAAACAUAGGGUUUUGUAGUGUUCUGAAACUUUACACUUAAUACAGACACUGUAAAAGUAAAACAAGCAUGUGUAACAAUAUUGAAGGAUACCCAUAUCUGUCUUUCUGUAAUAAGUGUUUAUGAUUGAUGCAAAUCUCAUGUUGAUUUCAUCCGAUUGAGCCAUUCUUAGGUAAUGUAUCAUUUCCCCCAGGAUGAGCAUAUUUAAGUUAAGAAGAGUUUCUAAGUCUUGCAGUUGAGAUUUAAAUAUUGAAUCUGUUAAUUACUAAAGAACAGGCAUAUUUUAAAUGUCUGAUAGUUUGCACAACUGUUUUGCCUGUAUGAGAGAAACAGAACAUGUUUCUGCCAGGUGUGAUAAUUUUGUAAGACUUCAUAUUUGCAACUGUCUUGAUUUUAAAUACAUCAGGACAUUUGAAGUAUAUAAUGGUGCUUCAGAAUCUUAAACAGUGCCCAUCUAAUCACUCUUUGAGUAGCUAACUUUGUUAUAUAUUUAUAACAGAUUUGUUGAACAUAAGGAUACUCUUUGUAUUAAAUACAUAGUCUUUUUUUCCUUCUGUGCUCUGAUAUACAAUUGUUUCUUGGAUUUUCCAAGAAUAAGUAACAAGCUAGAUGACCCUUAAAGUAGUCAUCCUGUAGCAAUGAAUCAGGCAUAAAGCCUGUCUGUGCUCUCUUCUCUAAUUUUUGAGAAUUUUCUCUUGGUAGCCCUGUUUAUUUUUAGAGAGAGCAAUGUAUUAAGUGUGAAUUUUCAUGAACUUUGCUGUAACAUACUUGAGGUUCUUUAUACUGUACUUAUUUUUAUA